AUGCACUCACCUCCUAGAGAACAGCCUGCCAUCAUGCUCUGGAAACUGGUUGAAAAUGUCAAGUAUGAAGAUAUCUAUGAGAUGUUAGUCCACACCUAUUCCGCCAUGGACCGGCAUGAUGGAGUGCCCAGCCACAGUUCCAGGCUGUCCCAGCUGGGAUCCGUCUCCCAGGGACCCUACUCCAGCGCUCCUCCGCUCUCUCACACCCCAUCCUCGGAUUUCCAGCCGCCUUAUUUCCCACCCCCCUACCAGCCUCUUCCUUACCACCAAAGCCAGGACCCUUACUCCCAUGUCAAUGACCCCUACUCCCUAAACCCCUUGCAUCAACCCCAGCAGCACCCCUGGGGACAGAGGCAGAGGCAAGAGGUGGGAUCAGAAACCGGGUCACUGCUGCCACAGCCUCGGGCCGCCCUGCCCCAGCUCUCGGGACUGGACCCCAGGCGGGACUACCACUCAGUAAGGAGGCCAGAUGUCCUUCUGCAUUCAGCUCACCAUGGCCUUGACUCCGGCAUGGGGGACAGCCUUUCUCUUCAUGGCAUCGGACACCCAGGGAUGGAAGAGGUCCAGUCAGUUGAAGAUGCCAAUAACAGCGGUAUGAACUUAUUGGACCAGUCUGUCAUUAAAAAAGUUCCGGUUCCUCCAAAAUCUGUUACUUCUUUGAUGAUGAAUAAAGAUGGCUUCCUGGGUGGAAUUUCAGUCAAUACCGGAGAGGUGUUUUGCUCUGUACCUGGCCGCUUGUCUUUGCUUAGUUCAACUUCAAAGUAUAAAGUAACUGUGGGAGAAGUUCAAAGACGUCUUUCUCCUCCAGAGUGUCUGAAUGCAUCCCUCCUAGGAGGAGUACUUAGAAGAGCCAAAUCGAAAAACGGGGGGAGAUCUUUGCGAGAAAGGCUAGAAAAAAUCGGUUUGAAUUUACCAGCCGGCAGGCGUAAGGCCGCAAAUGUCACUUUACUCACCUCCCUGGUGGAAGGUGAGGCUGUUCAUUUAGCUCGGGAUUUUGGGUACAUCUGCGAAACGGAAUUCCCAGCCAAAGCUGUUUCUGAGUACCUGAACAGACAGCACACGGACCCCAGCGACCUCCACUCCAGGAAAAACAUGCUGCUUGCUACAAAGCAACUUUGUAAAGAAUUUACAGAUCUCUUGGCCCAGGACAGGACACCCAUUGGAAACAGCCGGCCCACCCCUAUUUUGGAACCGGGCAUUCAGAGCUGCUUGACUCACUUCAGCCUCAUCACUCACGGCUUUGGGGCCCCCGCUAUCUGCGCUGCCCUCACGGCCCUUCAAAACUACCUGACUGAAGCUCUCAAAGGCAUGGACAAGAUGUUCUUGAACAACAACACUGCUAACAGGCACACAUCUGGCGAAGGACCAGGUAGUAAAACUGGAGACAAGGAAGAGAAACACAGAAAAUGA